AUGAUUUCUCAAAUGAUCAUUUCAAUGGACGCCAACAACGUAAAGGAGGUAUUGGUGGUGUGGGGAAUGGCGGGGGAGGAACACCGUGGAAUCCAAAAGCCUUUCAGAGGUGGUCGUGGAAAGAAUAUGAGACCCGAACAUCGUGGAAUGAGAGAUUCCGAAGACGAUAACUACCGAGCCUACAAUGAUCCUCCCCAACCGCCCUUUGUGCAGCCCUAUGGGGCAAGACCGAUAAACGAAGGGCGGGAAUAUCGAAAUGAACCCUGGCAAGACGAUGCUUAUGGUUCAUCUGACCAAGCUCCCAAGGCACGUGCUUCUCAACUGGAGUCAAGGGCAGCUAUGGAAAGGCCUUGCAGAACCUUGUUCGUAAGAAACGUCCAGUACACCAUUCAAGUAUCUGAGAUCAGAGAAACCUUUGAGAAGUUUGGUGAGAUCAAAGACAUUUUUGAUCUUAUAGAACGCCGAGGAAUGGCCUUCAUUACAUAUUAUGAUAUCAGGGCUGCUGAGGCGGGUAAAGAAGCCAUGCAAGGAGCUAUGCUCAAGUGUCGAAUGCUCGAUGUACACUACUCUCUUCCAAAACAAGAAGAGGAAGAGGCCAGAUGUGACAGAACAAAAAACCAGGGUACAUUACUGUUGACCCUCAAAGAUACCGAUAAUACCAUCAAUGAUUCAGAGCUUAGUUUAUACUUUAGACAGUAUGGAGAAAUUAAGGUGAUUCGCACCCCCCAUUUCAAAACACACCGAGAAAAUACCGAGCUGAGACAACGCAUUAUUGAGUUUUAUGACUCGCGUGCAUGUGUUAAUGCAUUUGAUGGGUGCCACGAUAAACCAUACAAGGGUGGUCGUUGGGAUAUUUCAUUCUUCUGGGAUCAUUCGUUCAAGGAAAGAACAGAGGCAUUGGCAGCACGUAAAGAACAGCCAAAUGACAAGAAAAUGGACGGACAUCUCAACGGUAGUCGCCAUGGACGUAAUGGAGGUGGAGGUAACGGUGGUGGCGGUGGCGGCGGAGGUGGUGGGCAAAGACGAAUGGGAGGAGGAAUCGGUGGACAAAGACGUGAUGACCAUCACCAUCACCACGGCCACCACGGCCAUAGCCAUGGCCACCCCCAUCACAAUCAACGUCGAGACAGCUCGUACGACUCCAUUCCAGAUCACAACAGACCUCUUCAUCGAUAUGGCAGCUAUUCUGAAGAAAGCUCGGGCCCAAUCAUGUCGCCUAAGACGGUCUAUGAUCCAGCAAUCCCAUCUAUGGGAGGUCCUUUCAAACCUGAUGCAAAUCAAGAACGUCUUGAGCAAGCACAGAAGGCACAGCAGGUUCUUUCAAUGCUGGCACAGACUCAGACAGUUCAAGGAGUUCCAACACAACCAGCCUUUGGACACCCUACAGGAACAUAUGGUGGCCAGGCAAAUGGUACAUCUACCGUUCCUCCAUUACCCCAGGCACCUGCUGCAGCUCAAUUACAACAAAUCUUAGGACUUUUGGGUCAAGUUGCAAUGCAACAGCAACAAACCCAGCAUCAGCAACAACCACUGUUAUCAUCGCAGCCUCAGCAAGUACCCCAGCAACAGCAGCAUCAGCAUCAGCAUCAGCAUCAGCAACAACAACAACAAGAACAUCAGAUUCCUCCUCACCAAUCACAUUCUUCUUAUCAACCUUCUAUACAACAGGGUCAACAGAAUCAUAUGACGUCUUCUCAGGCAUCAUCAACUGCUACACCUGUAAAUACUUCUAUUGCUCUAGGUCAGCUUGCUCAGCUGUUAAAGCAUGCACAACAACAACCUGAGAAGCCUAGCAAUACAGGAACUUCGUCAUUCUAUUAUGAUCCUUAUGGUACACGACCUUAGAGCAAUCCUGGUGUCUAUGGGAUACCCUGUGCCUUGCAUCAAUAUUUUUGAAACCAAAGAAAAAGAAAAAGAAACGAGAGAAAGAAUGAAAGAAUGAGAGAGAAAGAGAGAAUCAACGAACGCAUGAAAGAAUGAAAGAAAGUGAAAGUGAAAAGAAAGAAGUAGACCUUCUUUUUUGUAUUCUCAUAUAAUUGAACUGAGAAAAAAAAUCAACCUUUAUAGCCAUGGCAAAAAUUACUCUUCUAACAACAUUAACACCCAACACCCAACGAAAAAUAUAUACAUAUACAUAUCCACAUCUAUCUAUAUAUCUGUAUAUCUAUAUAUGCACACACACAAGUAUAUACAUACCCUUAUGCUUAUACUUCUACUUAUACUUAUAUGAAAAAGAUAUAAUAUAAUCUUGAGAAACUUUA